CAUCAAAACAAAUCUUUCUGAUAUCAUAUACUCUUAUCUUUCUUCAACCUUUUCCCCUUUCUUUCUACCCACUUUUCAUCCAUGGCAAGUCUCGAGGAUAUUGGGGUUUCUGCACUGAUAAACAUAAUCGGUGCUUUUACAUUCCUCUUGGCUUUUGCUCUUCUCAGAAUUCAACCCAUUAAUGACAGAGUUUACUUUCCCAAAUGGUACAUUAAUGGCGCUCGGAGUAGUCCCAGACACGCCGGAAACUUCGUCGGAAAAUUUGUCAAUCUCAAUUUUGCUACUUACUUUACUUUCCUUAAUUGGAUGCCUCAAGCUAUGAAGAUGAAGGAACAUGAGAUCAUUGCUCAUGCUGGUCUUGAUUCUGCUGUUUUCUUGAGGAUUUACAUUCUUGGCUUAAAGAUUUUUGGACCGGUCACUCUUGUUGCACUCUUGUUUCUUGUUCCAGUCAACGUAUCAGAUGGGACUUUGUUUCUCCUCCGCAAAGAUUUGGUCGUUAAUGACAUUGAUAAGCUUUCAAUAUCAAAUGUUCAACCCAAAUCUCUGAAAUUUUUUGCGCACAUUUCGAUGAUGUAUACGUUCACAUUUUGGAUCUGCUACAUGCUCUAUAAGGAGUACGAUGUGGUAGCUUCAAUGAGACUGAAAUUUAUGGCUUCAAAGCAUAGGCGAGCCGAGCAAUAUACAGUUUUAGCGAGGAAUGUACCUCGUCUAUCAGGCCAUUCCGUAUCAGAGAGUGUAGACAACUUCUUCAAAAAGAACCAUCCUGAUCACUAUCUAUGUCACCAGGUUGUCUACGAUGCAAACAAGUUUGCCAGACUCGUUAGGAGAAGACAUCGGCUGCAAAAUUGGUUGGAUUACAACCAACUUAAGUUUGAACGACAUCCCGAAAAACGGCCAACCUUGAAUGCAGGCUUCCUUGGACUUUGGGGGAAAAAGGUAGAUUCCAUCGAUUACUACAGACAUCGAAUUCAAGAGUUCGAUAAAAAAUUGUCGAUGGAGCGUCAGAAGGUCCUGAAAGAUGCGAAAUGUAUAAUGCCGGCUGCAUUUGUAUCAUUUAACUCUCGAUGGGGUGCAGCCGUGUGUGCACAAACACAUCAAAGCAAAAACCCGACUCUAUGGUUAACUAAGUGGGCCCCAGAACCUCGGGACGUUUACUGGAAAAACCUCGCUAUUCCCUUUGUUUCAUUAAGCAUCCGAAAACUAGUUAUUUCCAUAUCAGUCUUUGCUCUAGUUUUCUUCUACAUGAUACCCAUUGCAUUCGUUCAAUCGCUUGCCAAUCUUGACGGUCUUGAAAAAGUUGCUCCUUUUCUCCGGCCCGUAAUUGAAUUGAAAUUUAUCAAGUCUUUCCUCCAGGGUUUUCUUCCCGGUUUUGCUCUGAAGUUUUUUAUGUAUAUUCUUCCUACUGUUCUUAUGGUUAUGUCGAAAAUCGAAGGCCAUGUAGCGUUUUCUGUUUUGGAAAGGAGAACGGCUGCGAAAUACUACUAUUUCAUGCUGGUGAACGUCUUUUUAGGGAGUAUUGUAACCGGCACGGCGUUUGAACAGCUUCAUUCUUUCCUUCAUCAAUCACCUACACAGAUUCCAAGGACCAUUGGGGUAUCCAUUCCUAUGAAGGCUACUUUCUUUAUUACAUAUAUAAUGGUUGACGGGUGGGCGGGCAUUGCCGCCGAGAUUCUACGGUUGAAGCCGUUGGUCAUUUUUCACCUCAAGAACAUGUUCAUCGUAAAAACAGACAGGGAUCGAGAAAAGGCGAUGGACCCUGGAGGUGUAGAUUUCCCGGAAACAAUCCCUUCCCUCCAAUUAUACUUCCUAAUGGGCAUAGUUUACGCUGUUGUUACUCCGAUACUUCUUCCGUUCAUUCUCAUCUUUUUCGCGUUUGCAUACUUCGUUUACCGCCACCAGAUAAUUAACGUGUACAAUCAACAAUACGAGAGUGCUGCUGCGUUCUGGCCACAUGUUCAUAGUCGCAUAAUCGCGAGCUUGUUGAUAUCUCAGUUACUUUUGCUGGGACUGCUUAGCACAAAAAAGGCUGCAAAUUCUACUCCGCUGCUUGUCGCAUUACCUAUUUUGACCCUAACGUUCCACAAAUACUGCAAGAAUCGCUUUGAGCCUGCUUUCCGUGAAUACCCUCUUGAGGAAGCCAUGGAAAAGGAUACACAAGACAAAGCUUCUGAAUCCGAAAUCAACCUCAAGUCUUACUUGUCCGAUGCCUACUUGCACCCGAUUUUUCGUUCUUUUGAAGAAGUGGAGUUGGCAGAGGUCAGGGUUGACAAGAAUCCGGAUAACAUCCUGAGUCGACCGGAACCCGAAACCGAACCCCAAACUGAAACUGAAACGGAACCCGCUUCCCCUUCCCAUUCUCCUUCUCCGUCCCAUCACUUGCAUGAAGAACACGAAGAGUCUGUGACUGUGCAGCACUAUGAAGUUGGACCUCCAGCUAACGUUUAUCACUACGGAUACGAACACCAUGAGAACAUCUUUCACUACAGUAUUGAUCGCAAUCAUGAGACACAACAUGAUGUGCAGGACUAUGUUGUGGAGUCACCACACAGCUACUAUCGGUAUUGAGUCGAGCCCGAGCCCGAGCCCGAGUUAGAGUCGAAUGUAUGUUUUCGUGCAUAAAAUGCUAACCAGUUUUACAAGAUAGUCCUGUGAAUACUAAUUGUUGAUAGAUGCAAUGGACACACAUUUUAAUUCCUUCCAAUUUGAUUUGGGCUGAAAAUUUGGAGUUGUGAAAAAA